AUAUUUUUGGUAAAAUUUCAUUCUUCAACAUCAACAAAUAAAAAAAUAUCAAUCAGAAAGUUGAAUUGUCAUUCCAUUCCAGCAUUGUACAAUAUUGAAUAAAAAUUAAUUAUAUUUGUUUGUCAUGUGUUAAGAUUUGUUUAUAUAUUGUACAUAACGUUAACAAAGUAUAAAAUAAUAAAUCUGUGAUAUUAGAACGAAAGAUGAGUGAAGGGGAACCUACUUUGGUCGAUAAGUCUGAGAGCAGUUCUUUCGAGGACUUGGCAUCGGCAGCUGCUCACGAGAUCGAGGAAGCCAAAUUACUGGAGGCAGCUGCAGCGGAGAAAAUCGACGGAGAACCAGAGAAACCAACUGACGAGUGGCAAGAUGUAUUAGGCUCAGGAGCAUUGCUAAAAAAGAUUAUCAAAUCAGGUGAUGAAUCAAAUGGUUCAAGGCCACAAAGGAGUGAUAUAUGCAGGAUCAGUUAUGAACUCAAAUUGCGAGACGGUACUCAAGAUGUUGUUGAAAAAAGGGACCACAUCAAAAUUUAUUUGGGUGACAAUGAGGUCCUUCAAGGAUUGGACUUAGCACUGACACUUAUGUACAAAGGUGAAGUUUGUCUUUUGCAAAUAGCGCCUAGGUUUGCCUAUGGUGAUAUAGGCUUGAAACCUGGCGAAAGCCUUGGCUUAGUUGGUGAAAUUGAUGGCCCAAAGUAUGAAGGAGCUCUCAUAGAUAGAGACACUUGGUUAGAAGCACGGCUCGAGUUGCAUGACUGGACUGAGGAACCGGAUCAUGAUACUUUGCCCAUAGCUGAGAGAAUGGAAAUUGGUAUCCGACGGCGUUGUCGCGGCAACUGGUGGUACGGGCGUGGCGAAGCGCAACUAGCCGUCCAAUUGUAUAGAAGAGCUCUAGAUGUACUGGACGAGAGUGAGGGGGGUAUCUCAGACCCCACGCCCACGGGAGAGAUCGCCCAAACUUCUGACGCUCUGCACGCGCUUCUAGAAGAGCGUCUUCGUGUCCACAACAACAUGGCCGCCGCGCAGUUGAAGGCCGGAGCUUAUGACGCUGCGCUGCAGGCCGUAACACGCGUCCUGACGUGCCAACCGGAGAACGCGAAAGCCCUAUACCGCAAGUCCCGGAUCCUCACCGCCAUGGGGCGUAACGCGGAAGCCCUGGAGGCAGCCCGCGCGGCCGCCAGCGCAGCCCCCGACGAUGCCGGCGUCCGCAAGGAGCUCUCCAAGUGCGAACAAAAGGCAACAAGGGACAGAUCAGUGGAGAGGAGACUCGCCAAACGGAUGCUGGGGACCAGUGAUCAGUCCAAACCCUUGCCUGAUAAGAAACCGUCCAGAGCUAAGAUGUUUGUAUGGGGCUCGCUGCUUCUGAGCCUUCUGGUGGGCGUGGCCUCCGUGCUGGUGUACCGCUACAAGAUGCAGUCCCAAUGAUGUCGUCCGAACUAUAUCAAACCCAGUGAAGUAAAAUCGGUUGAGGUGCACUGAACAUGGAUAUCAUUCUAACUGUCAAGUUAGGAUAAUUAAAUAUCGCCUAGUUUAAUUAACGCGUCUCAUCUUAUAAAGAGUGACGGUUAGGUAAGAUGUGAAUGAAGAAAAAAUUAAAAAAAAAAUGUAAACAUUUAUUUUUAUAAAUUAAAAAUCUUGCAUUGUCAUGUUCAUCGGACUAGAAAUCUGCAUUUUUUUCUCUUUAGUCUUGCUGUCUUAUGUGUUAGCGAUAUGUAGCGAUGCUUUUGCGAUUUUUAUAAAGUUAUUUUCUAUAGGGACACCUUGUAGUCAGCCAUAGAGUCAUCUAUCGAUUACGUGACAUGUUAAAAUGAAGGAGGAUAUAAGAAGGACGACGUUUUUUUCACAAAUAUGUAUUUGGAUUUUGGUAGUGGUGUUUAAAUUUACUGAUUUAAUGGGGUGGGAGAGUUUCACAUUAUGAGGGGUUGUGACAAGGGAAGAGAGCGCGAAUAAAUCACGAAAUUCGUGUGACAUACUAUGUGGAUGAUUUCUGCUCCUUCAGCAGUGGUAUCAAGAUUUCAAUAAGUAUCCGAGGAUACUCAGGAAAUCAUCGUUCAACAAUUAUUUCAAUCAUUCAUUACUUCAUUCACUCAUUAAAUCAUCGUUGAAUACAAUCUAUUGUAAUAUUUUACUUACUUAAAAAAGAUCUUUCUUUCUUUUCUUUUUUACUUUACAAUAACUUGCCUUAAAAGUUUAAAUAUUGUAUUGAAAUAGAGGCGGACUAAUUACUUCACUCAUUCAUUCACCCAUUCAUUACCAGCAGUGGCAUAGCGUGCCUUGGAGGGGUCCUGUAUCGAAAAUAAUUAAGGGGCCCAAAUGAGGUAAAAAAGGUAAAAAUUUCUUACAAAAGAAAUAAUAAUGCUUGCUUAAAAUAAAUAUGACAGUGACAUAACCUAUGUAGGUUGUUUUUCAAUAUUUGGGCGAAACCGGAAAAAAAACAAAUUGCUUUUUUUGAUUUUCGUCAUUUCUGAAGUGACCCUCUGUAGGCAGUUUCUGAGUUUUUCUGGAAAGCACCAGAUACAGUGAGGUUAUGGAUUACAUUUUACAAAGGACAAUGGUCUGGUGUUUGUUGAUAGAAUUCACAAGCGUCUACUAAUGUAAACUAUUACAGUUUGUAGAAAAUAAUUUAUUUAAUUUUUUGAAAAAGUGCACAAUGUCUAAUUAUGUCCAUAAAGUAAAAUAUAAUCACAUCAAUUACAUUUAAAUAAUUGAGUAUGGCAACCACACUAUUUAUACCAAUAUUACAUCUAUUGGACAACUAGGGACGCGCACGGUAUCAAAAAGCCAGUAUCGAAUCGAAUAAAGUAUCGUCAUUGAAGUACACGUAUUCUAUACUAAUAUUUAAACGAAUUAAUAUAAUUAAAAUAUUAAUAAAUAUUUUGAUUUUCAAGCGAGUAUGUACCUACCUACCUAUUUUACAUUUAACUAAUAAAAUAAACAAAAUAAACAUGUUAAUAACAAUUAUUACCAAUAUUAAGCCAUAUGGCAUAUUUUAAUAAUCAAAGGAAGGCAACAAGUGUUUACAAACGUAUUUAUCGUUUAAGUAUGUUCGACAUGAUUUUAAAUAAAGGUACAUGCACUAACAAUUCAACUAUGAACUGUCACUUCAGUUGUCACAUCGCGUCGUAUUUUCGUUGUUUGCGUACCUAUGCUUCUUGUAAAUCUUGUAUUUUUCUGAUAUCAACUGAUUUUCCGUACUUACAUCCUUUUUAACGACCGCUUUUGUUUAUGGACACCGAUUCUACCGCUUAACUACUGACUUAAAAUAUUAAUGUAUUUAAAUUCCACGUUGGUUUUUAGAUUUAAUUAGGAAGAUUAUUUUUUAUAAAGUAUGUAUAUUAUCAAUGUCUAAGAGAAAAAUGGGGAUCAAACCUACUUUUUAUGUUUUAUGAUCGAACCUAAAUACCCGGCUUCAUAAUCAUGGAAUAAUAAGACUUUAAUUUAAAAAGUAGGUAUUCGUUGUUGACAAAACAUAACCUCUGAAACUUCAAUUCUUUAAUUCCAGACUUGCCACAAUACUAAGCCUUAAGAAUAAAUUGUUAAGAAAAUAAUUAUCUAUCAUUUUAUAUUUUUUUCAUUAAUAGACGCUUGAAAAAAAUGUCAGCAAAAAUUUGUUUGGGAAUAGACCAUUGUCCUUUUUGCUUUUACACGUAAGGGGUUCCAAAAAUCGCAUUGAUUCGCUGCAUAUCAUUCACAUAAGACAUAGUAGAAAAUAUUAAAUAUAUACGUAUAUUUAUAUCAAUUCCGUUAUACUUGUAUGAUAAUAGCUAAUAGGGGUUGUCUGAAUUUCGUCAUACGAAUUCCGUUAUUGAUUCUUAUAAAGUCUGUCUUAUACUCUUAAAAGGCAUGCACUUUUAGAUUUUUCAAAUUAGACAUCAUAUUGUUAGCAAUUUUAAAUAUUUGGUCCUACUACGUCAUGAUACUACGUUAUGAUACGUCAGUACAUUGACGUAUCAUGACGUAGUAUCACGACUUACGUCAUGAUCGUCGGUACAUUGUCGUAUCAUGACGUAGUAUCACGACAUACGUCAUGAUCGUCGGUACAUUGUCCUGUCAUGACGUAGUAUCAUGACUUACGUCAUGAUCGUCGGUACAUUGUCGUAUCAUGACGUAGUAUCAUGGCUUACGUCAUGAUCGUCGGUACAUUGACGUAUCAUGACGUAGUAUCACGACUUACGUCAUGAUCGUCGGUACAUUGACGUAUCAUGACGUAGUAUCAUGACUUACGUCAUGAUCGUCGGUACAUUGACGUAUCAUGACGUAGUAUCACGACUUACGUCAUGAUCGUCGGUACAUUGACGUAUCAUGACGUAGUAUCAUGACUUAAGUCAUGAUACGGCGAUAUAUUGACGUACUAUGACGUAGUAGACGCCUCUGAACUUAACAAUAUGAAGACGUGUGACGAAAUUAUUGACCCCUAAUAUGUACCUACUUCUAUUUUUUUAUUGUGUAUAAAGGGUUUUUAGGUUAGGUUAAUAGAAACAAAAGGUAGGUGACCGUUGCAUUGAAAAUAUUUUUAACAAUACGUUGGAACUAUUUUGUAAUCAAUAAUAUUUAUACGUUUUUCUUUUCAUAAUUUAUUUUUAUAAACCUGGUUAGCUAUUAUUUCAAUUAAUCAUAUUUUUGUACCUUAAUCAGUUGUAAAAUUCGCUAAAAUACAUAUUAGAAGCAAAAACACAUCUUCCUGAAAUAUGAUAUAGUACCUAUAGGUUUGACAAUAGGUAUAUAAAUAAUUACUUAUAUGAGAUACGAAUGAAUAUCGCUGACCAGCUUUACUUCGCCUCAAAAUUAUUCUUUAAUAGGCAGUGCCAAGUUGAAUGUGUGGCAUAGCUUGCCCUGUAUCAAAAUUAUAGCUUGGCAACUUCGUUCGUAACACUCCCGAUGGGCCACACGGGCCGGGGGGCGUGUAGCGAUGAAUGAAAAACCGACGACUGAUGCACCUCACUUCCCCGUACGCACGAUUUCACACCCGCAGUCUUUCUUCUCGUCGCCCGCAUAUCAUGCAUAUCAUGGGAGCGUUAUCGACGAACUUGCCAGACUAGACUAGACUAGGGCAAUAUAAACUCGGACACGUACCCCCGUAUUCAUGGAUUGAGAUUUAAACCUCAAUUUUCUUCAACUUUAAGAAGACCUAAUCACUACUGAUUAAAGUUCACUUUACUUUGGAGAUAUUUGAGGUUUAAAUCUUAAUUCAUGUUUAUAAUUAGGGCCGUUACGGUCUUAGCUCACUAGAACUACCCAGCGCUUGACUCACGCCUCGCCUCUUGACACUAAUUCUGAGCGUAUAUAGAAGUGCAUAUAAAGAGUACUAUCUACACAGGGCGAGGCGGUGCUAGUCGAAUGCAGGGUAAUUCUAAUGUGCUAUGACCAUUAAACUUACACCACGCGUUUUAAGUCAAAUCAAAUCUUUCUUUUGAAAAACCAACAACAACAAUAUGAUAAAAAAAUGUUUUAAUGCACUGGACAUUUUUUAUAACAGAGUUCAUGGUAUUAGUUAUGGAAAUGCCUUUGUUAACGCCAUACACACACAUUACAGAUAUAUACUUGUCUCCCUUCUUCUCCUACCUUUUCCAUUCCCUUAUUCUCGUGAGAGGGAGACAAUUGCAACCCGCAACGCCAGACGCUUCGAUCAAAUUAGUCAAUCAAUGUACGCCGCUUGAUAACUACGCAUAAAUUGGCUCGCGCGCUUUCUAAAUCAGUGAUUAUCAUAAACUAUAAUAUGUGUUGUGAGUGCAUUGGUGGGCUUCUAUGAGCUGUCGAAGGCGCUUAGCAGCCCUGUGAGAUUUGCUGCUUCACAAGGUCAGUUCACGAGAUCCUUUGUCUCCAAAGUUCACCUAUUUCCACACCAUAUUCUUUGGUCCUUCUCCCUGGAUAUACUUUCUAUUCCCGCUAUUUAUUUAUUUCUUUCAUUUCUACGCCUAAUCCGCUAUAUUUACAUACUUUUACAUACAUUUACACGCUACACACACGCCACACGCCGCUAACGCCACGACGCCAUUUUCUUUUAAAUUCUAACAAUGGCCGAGAAAGAAGAUUUACAGUUAGAAAUACGCUUGCUUCAAGCGAAGCAACAAAGCUUUUAUAAGCAUAUACAAACCCUGUACGAUUUGUCGCAAAAUUUAAAAGAUGACAUAACCAUCAAAAACUUUUUAAUUAGACUUAAAUGUUUAGAUAAUUUAAGAAAUGAUUACGUGUCGGUUACAGACCAACUGAAUAUAUCUAACUUAAAAGCCAACCCCAAAUCGCUUAUUAAUUUUGAUACUUUAACUUCUUUUGACGAACUAUUCUGUCACAUUAAAAGUGUUGAAUCAGAUAUAUUAGCUAAAUUGGCACGAAAUAAAACGCACAAUUUAGAUCUCCUCAAAAAACUGCCUGCUUUGGAGUUAAGGGGUUUUGACGGAAAUCCAACGCAUUGGUCUGUUUUUUAUGAAAACUUUAAAACGCUUAUACACAACAACGAAAACUUAUGUAACGCCGAAAAAAUACAAUAUUUAUUAGGCAAAUUAUCAGGAAAAGCCUUGUUAGUUUGUUCUGGGAUACAGCCGGUAGCCAGUAACUAUGAAUUAAUUUGGAAUUCGCUUAUCGAAAAAUAUGAAGACAAAAGAACACUAGGAUCAAUGUAUUUAGAACAGAUAUUGAAUUUUAAAAGUACUCAUACGCUAACGCAAAACUCAUUAGAAUUAUUUAUUGAGCAAUUUUGUUCUGCACAAGCCGCAUUAUCAUUAUUAGGUAUUUCUGACUUAACGGACUUUAUAUUUUUACAUAUAGGUUUGAAUAAGUUAGACAAGGAAACUGUAAUGCUAUUUGAGCAAACGCAUCGUAGUGAGAAAAUACCAUCUUUCGCGUCUUUAGUAGAAUUUGUCAAAGAACAAAACAAAAUAUACACGUUACGUAACUCAUCGCCGCAGACUUCGAAACAAAAUUGGAAGGUAAACGCAAAACAAAUAAACCGAACGCCGCACGCUCGCUCGCUUCACGUAGAUUAUAAUAAACCUAGUACGUCUGAUCAUAAUAGGCAAUUUCAAACUCAAAGAUGUCCUGAUUGCGAACAGGAUCAUCAUCUUUUCAGAUGUAAUAAAUUCAAUGAACGCGAUCCAAAAUCUAAGAUACAAUUUGUUCGGUCUAACAAAUUAUGUAUUAAUUGUUUAAGUGGAUUUCAUGUACUAGAAAAUUGCAGAAGUAAGAUAAGAUGCUUCUGUGGGGCUGCACACCAUUCGAAAUUGCAUUCGGGAAUCGAACCCGUGAAACAUAGCCACGCGCAAGUGUCAACGCUCCUCUGUAAAAAUGUUGCCCCCCCGCAGCCCGCGCACGCGCAACCGCUGACAGAGUGCGAUAGCACUCGACGUGACGUGGGAUCGACCGAAUCGCCGGCGCUCGCGCGGAAUAUGCCUACCAACUUCAGUCGCCCGCCGGCCGCCGCCGGGAGCGACGCGUCACUUCAUUCUUUAAAAAUACAGACGAAAGAUACGACAGUGUUACUUCCGACUGCAGUAGUAUAUGUUUAUAACAAUGCUGGUGAACGUUUUAAGAUGCGAGUGCUGUUAGACACCGGUAGUUCGUGUCAUAUAGUAACUAAAUCGCUUUGUAAUCGAUUAAACUUAAAAAUUAAUAAGUCUAAUACGACACUACACGCUUUAGGUGACAAUCAAGUGAACGCACAGGGACACGCAUUUUUAACGUUUGAAUCUCGCUUACAAAAUAGAUGUAAAUAUUCUAUAAAAGCUUGCGUUAUGGAUUCAAUUUCGCGAAAUAUUCCAAAUGAUAUUAUUGAUUUAAAUAAUUUACAUCAUAUAAAAGGAUUACCUCUCGCUGAUGAGGAAUUUUAUUCGCCCGCUGAUAUUGAUUGCCUUAUCGGAAAUGAAUUAUUUCCAUUUCUUUUAGAAAAUAAUAAGGUAGCACACCCUGAUUCGUCCGUGGCCGCUAUUCAAACUACACUCGGCUACAUUUUAAUGGGAAAAGCAAGCUACUUAACGCCCUCGCAUUCAAAAGAAAAAUCUUUUCAUAUUUUCUCUGAAAAUACUGAAUCGAAUUUAGAUAAAUUAACGCAACGCUUUUGGGAACUGGACUCAGUACCUAAUAAGAUACAUUUAAGUCAUGAUGAUUCCGCUUGCGAACGCAUUUUUUCAGAUAAUAUUUCGCGCGAUAUAUCCUCAGGUCGUUAUAUUGUUUCCCUUCCUUUCAAAUAUGAUACCAAAUUACUUGGUGAUUCAUUUGCAAUUGCUAAACGCUGUUUAUUACGCUUAGAAAAACAAUUUAAUAAUAAUCCAUCGCUACGCUCCGAUUACAACGCGACCCUUAAAUCUUACAUAGAUGAAGGUUAUCUUAAUAAAGUUAGCCAAUCCUCACGCAAUAUUAAUUCUUAUUAUAUUCCGCAUCGUGCUGUCUGUCGGCCUGACAAGCAAACCUCCAAAACGCGUAUUGUUUUGAACGCCUCAUGUAAAACCACUUCAGGAAAAUCGCUUAACGAUUUGUUAUAUACAGGUCCAAAUCUACAAAGCAAUAUUUUUGAUCUACUACUUAAUCUACGCCUGUAUUCUGUCGCUUUAAGUGCUGACGUGGAAAAAAUGUAUUUUAGAAUUAAACUUAAACCAGAAGAUCAUCGUUAUCAGCGUAUUCUGUAUAGGUUCGAUUCAAAUGACCCUAUUGAUACGUAUGAAUUUAAUUGUGUAUCUUUCGGUCUGUCAGCGUCACCAUAUCUCGCGAUGCGUGUGAUUAAAGAACUAGCUAACGAUGAACGCUCACGAUAUCCAGCACGCGCUUGGGCAGCUGGACGGCAUUUCUAUAUGGACGAUUUCGUCUCCUCCGUCCCUUCUUUAGAAGAUGCUACGAACCUUUACUAUGAGCUCGUUAAUCUGUUCAACGCUGGUGGUUUUAAAUUAACAAAAUGGAUAUCAAAUAAUACUCGCUUACUUCAAGAAAUUCCGCCUGAAUUACGCUCGCCUAACAUCGUUCAGUUUGAUGAACACUCAAUAACCGCUAGUACAAAAAUAGUUGGCUUACAAUGGGAGCCUAACGAUGAUGUUUUUACGUUCAAAGUAAAUGUACCUACAGAAUAUAAGUGCACCAAACGCAUUAUUCUGUCCGUCACCGCCCGCCUUUUCGAUCCGCUUUCUUUAUUGGGUCCUGUUACCGCCUUAUUAAAAUUAUUAGUGCAAGAAUGCUGGAAACAAAAUCUACACUGGGACGAAGAAGUUUCUUCUAGUAUAAGUGACCAAUGGUUUCAGUUACAACGCGAGCUACAUUUGUUAGAAAGGUUGCAGAUUCCGCGACAUAUAGGUAUUUUUCAAACCACAAACAAUAUUUCGCUUAUAGGGUUUGCAGAUGCUAGUGAAAAGUGUUACGGAGCUGUAAUUUACCUGCGCGUAAGCUCUAGUGAAUCAGGUGACGGUCAAAUCACAUUACUCUGUUCGCGGUCUAGAGUAGCUUCCCCUAAAGGCAAUGUGUCUUUACCGCGACUCGAACUUUGCGCUAACCUUUUAUUAUCGAAUUUAAUUGUCGCUGUAAAAGACUCAAUAAGUGAACGCGUAACAAUAAAUAAAAUAUACGCUUUUUCUGACUCCACGAUCGCACUUUCGUGGGUCCGCUCGCCUGCACAUAGGUUUCAAACCUUUGUUGCAAAUAGAAUCGCCGCUAUAAACGCUAAUCUUCCAGCUGAAAACUGGUUCCAUAUUUCUGGUAAAGAAAAUCCCGCCGAUAUAAUAUCACGCCCUAUUUUACCCGCUAAGUUUAUAAAUAAUACGCUUUGGUUUCACGGACCUCCGUGGGCCACGCUUCCUUUCAAAGAAUGGCCAAUCAAUGAAUGUCAUUCUCACGCUAUCGAUGAACUACCUGAACAUAAAACGCUUAUUUCUUUAACCGCUAAAGUCUGUACAGAUAAUGAAAGUACCGAUUUAUAUUAUAACUCCGCGAUGCGCAUGUCAAAUUGGAAUAAAUUCAUACACUCUUGGGUGUAUGUGCUUCGCUUUACUAAAACUUUAAAAUCGCAAGGCAAUAUUACUGUCGCUGAUUUAGAAAUUGCUGAAAAUUACAUUUUACGAGCUAUACAAAAAAGGCAUUGUUUAAAUAUUAAUAGCCCAGCUUUGCGAAAGCUCUGUGCGUUCCUAGAUUCAAAUAAAAUUAUACGUGUUGGAGGCCGACUGUCACAGUCACAAUUGGGAUAUUCGCAGAUGCACCCAGUCGUCCUUCCGUCUAAAGAUCGCAUAGUGCACUUGCUCGUAGAUUAUUUUCAUAGGCAGAAUACACACGCAGGGCCUGCUCUAUUGCUUGCUCUAUUACGCCAAAAUUAUUGGGUUAUCGCCGCUCGUAACAUGGUACGCCAAAGAGUACAAAGCUGCAAUCGUUGUUUCAAGCUUAAGCCAAAAAAUACCUUCCCUGUAAUGGGCGACCUGCCCUCCUAUCGCGUAAGCGAAGUAAAAAGCUUCGUUUUCUCGGGCGUUGAUUUCGCAGGGCCCCUCUACAUAACGCCUUAUCGCCGCCGCGGUGUAAAAAGCAUAAAAGCUUACCUGUGCCUAUUUGUUUGCUUAACUACAAAAGCUCUACAUCUAGAGCUAGUGAGCGAUUUAAGUACAGAGUCAUUUUUAAACGCUUUUAAAAGAUUUAUUUCUAGAAAGGGCCCUAUUUCUUUAAUAAGAAGCGACUCGGGAGGCGCUUUUGUUAAAGCGGAUAGAUGUCUGAAGGAAAUUCACGAGCUUUUGUCAAAGGAUAAAUUUUUAGACCAACAUUUAGCAGAUUUACGCAUACAAUUCCAAAGAAACCCACCUUACGCUCCGCAUUUCGGUGGAAUAUGGGAGAGUAACAUUAAAUCUGUUAAAACCCAUCUAUUUAGGGUCAUUGGAAAUCAAAUUUUGACAUACGAAGAGCUCAACACUGUCCUUAUUCAAAUUGAAGGAAUAAUGAACAGUCGCCCGCUCUGUGUAUUAAGUUCAGAUCCUUCCGAUCUCACUGCUCUAACACCAUCGCAUUUUUUGAAUAUAACACCACUGAAAUACUUACCGGCUGAGGACCUUACGGACGUACCUCAGAACAGGCUUACUCGCUAUCAGUUGUUGUCAAAACUGGUCCAAUCAUAUUGGGACAGAUGGAACCGUGAAUACCUAACUUCGCUUCAAAGUAGACAAAAAUGGAACACUCCAUCAAAUCCGAUUAAAGUAGGAUGUAUUGUCAUUAUUCGAGACGAUAACUCACCGCCUCUUAGUUGGCCUCUAGCCAUAGUAGAGGAGCUCUAUCCCGGUAGAGACGGUAUCGUACGAGCCGCUAGAGUUAAGACCAGAACUGGUUACUAUACGAGAGCUGUAGUAAAGCUUUGCCCUCUACCUCUUCAAUAAUAUUCGCACUUUAAUAUUAACGCUUUAACCUAAUUAUUUAAUGUUUAUUUUUAAUUUAUAGUUAGUCUUUUCUUACAACUUUAUUAUAUUAUUUAUACGCUAUCGCAUCAUCGCAAACUUUUAUUUUCCUGAAGGCUUUGCCUCAGCCCGGGGGAUAAAUGUUAACGCCAUACACACACAUUACAGAUAUAUACUUGUCUCCCUUCUUCUCCUACCUUUUCCAUUCCCUUAUUCUCGUGAGAGGGAGACAAUUGCAACCCGCAACGCCAGACGCUUCGAUCAAAUUAGUCAAUCAAUGUACGCCGCUUGAUAACUACGCAUAAAUUGGCUCGCGCGCUUUCUAAAUCAGUGAUUAUCAUAAACUAUAAUAUGUGUUGUGAGUGCAUUGGUGGGCUUCUAUGAGCUGUCGAAGGCGCUUAGCAGCCCUGUGAGAUUUGCUGCUUCACAAGGUCAGUUCACGAGAUCCUUUGUCUCCAAAGUUCACCUAUUUCCACACCAGCCUUUGUCCUGGUUCAGGUCAAUUUGGAUGUUUUCCAAAUUGAUUUUUGAUUUGAUUAGUACAAUUAUUAAUUCCAGUCAGUAAAAUAACAAGUGUAACUGUCACUGAAAUGUCCUUUUACUAGUAAAAUAAAAUUUCAGUGACAGAUGUAUUAUAGGACUCAAAAGUGAUUACAAAAAUAAGAAAACGAAUGUCGAACAAAGAUUAUGAUUCACAACACUUGUCAGGACAACUUAAUUAACAAAUGAAACUGUAACCAAAAUAAGACCCUAGAAUGGCAGACGCUGACCUUGUGUGGAGUCACGCACUUGUGAACGACGUGUGUAGGGUUGAAGGCGCCUUUGACAGAUAUGUAACACUCCCCUUUUCCACUCAAGUCACUCUCCCCGCCUAUCCCAAGUAACCCAUAAAGAAUUACACAACAAGAGAUGUGGACGGCUCGAACGCCACGAGCACACUGAAGCCAACACGAGAUCGAGCGACGUCAUAUCCGUCACAGACUACUAUUUCCUACACUAUCUAUUAAAAACAUGUAAAUCUAAAAGCGGCUAACGCGGCGAUAACAUUUGGACUUGUCAUUUUACUGACUGGAAGUAAUCUUCCGACUAUAUUAUGUAGUCUUCGACUGUGGUUAGUAGUUAUGUUCCGGUAUGAUGAUAGCCAACGAGAAAUAAUAUAGCUUCAAUUAUAUACCGAUUUCAAGUUAGCUUGUUACCAAUUUGCCCCUCUACCAUUUUGAAAAACUAAGAUGUCUAAUGAGCAUGUGAUAGCCCAGUGGAUAUGACCUCUGCAUUCCGGAUGGUGUGGGUUCGAAUCCGGUUCGGGGUAUGCACCUCCAACUUUUCAGUUGUGUGCAUUUUAAGAAAUUAGAUAUCACGUGUUUCAAACGGUGAAGGAAAACAUCGUAAGCAAACCUACACACCAGAGAAUUUUCUUGAUUCUCUGCGUGUGUGAAGUCUGCCAAUCCGCAUUGGGCCUGCGGGGUGGACUGUUGGCCUAACCCCUCAUUCUGAGAGGAGACUUCUGAUUGCGGGCUAACUUAAAAUUGCAGUUCAUCAUCACUUGCACAUCAGGUGAGAUUUAAGCAGUAACUUGUUAAUAAAGAUAGUUUUUGAUUUGAUUUAGCACGUGUUGCCAAUGCGUUCCGGUUUGAAACAUCAAGAACAUGCCACGAAUGAUUAUAAUUAUUUUAUUUAUUUAUUAAUUAUAGUGUUUUAAAUAAAAAAAAUAUAUUAUUAUUAUGCAACAACGGGAAAUAUUUUUUGAAAUUUUACAUAGAUACGCUUAAAAAUAACAGGAGACUUUCAUUCCAGGUGUUGAAUGUGUAUCUGCCUUUAACAAUCGCGUAGAAUUCUGUGUUUAUUAAAAUAUUGAGUGACAAGUUUAAGAUAGAAACAUAUGCAACACAACGUUCGGUGCAACCGUGGUUAAGAUUGAAUGAACAUUAUGAAAUGUCCUUCUACAAGCUGGGCCUCCCUCCUUAAAGCAGAAGGGAUUUGCAGUGGAAUUCAUGAACGUUGCAGGGCCACCCCCAGGGGACCAUUUUCGCGCUGAGUGCCAAAUUCUCAUACGCAAGUUUAAAUUGGACACUCCGCAGGUAAACGAUCCCCUGGGGGCGCCCCCACAACGUCUGUAUUCCAUUAUUAGACCCACAAAAGCUAUAUAAUGCUUGGUGGAUUUUGUGGGUCAAAUAAAUUAAAUAAACGAUGGCCUCACGACUCAGUUGAUAACUAUAAAAUCAUCACUGGCUGAUGGUUGGUGUGUUGCCAAUGUGCAUCUAACUUAACAUUUCAGUCAUUUUGUAUCGAUUUAGAAAAUAUGAAGCGCGGUUUGCUUUCAGCGCCAUCUAGUGAAUUAUUUUUUCCAUUGAAAAUAAUUUUGUCUUGUAUAAUACAAUUAGCAUCAUUUUUAUUAUUAUUUAUAAUAACUGUUGUUUUAGAAAUACAAAUAAUUGAAAGAAAUUUUAAUAGUCAAAUUUCUAAUUACCUACAUCGUUAUGGAAGCGUAGAUAUCUAUUAUUAAUUUGACUUUUUUUUUCAAAACCCUAUUUCUUCCGAUUUCUAUAAACAAUAUGUGAAACAUAUUGCCUUGUGUAUACUUAGUAUGAUGUUGAAUUAUUUAAUGAUUAGAUAUCAACAUUUUCUUUAUUUUUAUUUAUUAUCUGUUCUAAAAUUCAUACUAAGCUCACAGAAUAAAGAAUGAUACAGAAUGAGUAUAUACAAGCAGUGUGGUGAAGUCGGCGAAACCCAUAAAAACAAACGUCACGCGUCUCCUUGACAUUCAAGAGUUAACACUAACAACAAUUACGUAAAUUGAUAUCUUAUAUCUUAGAUAUAUUAGAUUAGACUAAUAAACUACAAUUUUUAAAAUAUUUAAAACAUAAGACGCCAUUUUUCUUAAAUAAUAUUGAAAAUUACUGAUGCGACGCUUCGAGUCGUACUAACUCUAGAAUGUACUCGUUUUUGAAAUUGUAUUUCGAAUGGAUCUCUGCCGUGUUCCGUAUUCUCUAUCUGCAUAUUAUUCUUUAAUCUGUGUCUAUGCUAAUAAUUUAUGUUCCGUUUUAAUGCAUGCCUAUUUAAAUGGGUGGGAAACUUUAUCCUAUUUAAGUGAAAAGUAUUUUUAGUACUUACGCAUUUUCAUUUAUUUUUCGGUGCUUUUUUUAAUGGAUAAGAAAAAACAGAGUACAUAGUCAGAACAAAAAUACCGUGAUUAAGUCAUUGCCUAAUUGGAUUUUUUGAAAAUUUAUUUUCUAUUAUACAUAAAGAUAUUCUUUAUUUGAAAGUAACAAUUAAAUAACAUAAAUGUUAUGUUAGUUAUAUUUAUAUUAUUGGUUUGGUAGGUCCAAGGUACCGUUAUAUAACAAAAUAAACACGUUAAAAUAUA